AUGGCCGAACAGCAGCCGGGACGUGGCGCUGAUUUGGACCAGAAUCACUUCUGUUGUUCAGUGUGUCUGGAUCUGCUUAAAGAACCUGUCACCAUUCCCUGCGGACACAGUUAUUGUAAAAGUUGUAUCGAUGGCUGCUGGGACGAGGAAGACAAGAAGGGACAGUACAGCUGUCCUCAGUGCAGGGAGACAUUCAACCCGAGGCCUGUUCUGAGGAGGAACAACAUGCUGGCUGAGGUUGUUGAGAAGCUGAAGAGGUCGAGCACUCAGCAGGCUCCCCCCUCUGCUGCUGUGGCCUGUGCCGGCCCAGCAGACGUCACCUGUGACUUCUGCUCUGGGACCAGACCUAACAAAGCCACGAUGUCUUGCCUAAUGUGUUUGGCUUCGUACUGUCCAGAGCACCUCGAGCCUCAUUACAGUGUUCCUGUGCUGAAGAAGCACCAGCUGGUGUUGGCUACAAUCCCACUGCAGGAGAAGAUGUGCUCAAAGCACAACAAACUGAUGGAGGUCUACUGUCAGACAGACAAGAAGUGCAUCUGCUAUCUGUGCGUUUUAGAUGAGCAUAAGGGCCAUCGCACAGUGUCUGCAGCAGCAGAGAGGGCAAAGGAACAGAAACAGCUGACUGUAAGUCAAAAGAAAGCCCAGAAGAGAUUCCAGGAGAGAGAAAAGGACCUGAAUGAGCUGCUCCAAGCUCUGAAGGAUUUCAAGAAUUGUAGCCAGCCUGCAGAGGAGAGCUGUGAUAAGAUCUUUGAAGAGCUGAUCUCCUCCAUUAAGAAAAGACACAUUUUGGUGAAGCAGCUGAUCAAGGACCGGGAGCAGACUGCAGUCGCUCACGCUGAAAAGCUGCAGCUGCAGCUGGAGGAGGAAAUUGCUAAGCUAAAGAGGAAAGUCACCGAACUGGAACAACUUUCUGAAACGGACGACCACGUUCAUUUCAUUCAGACUUUCCAGUCCCUCGCCGCUGCCUGUGAAUCUCCAGACUUGCCUCCUGGUCCUGUUCUUUAUCCUAAGAGUUCAAUGUUGAAAACUGUGACCGACUGCAUGUCUAAAUUGAGGGACAACAUAGAGAGUCUCCUGAAGGACACAUGGCCAAGAAUCUCUGCCACAGUGUCUACUAUAGAUAUUGUGUUGCCACCUGUGCCAAAGACCAGAGAGGAGUUUUUACGCUAUUGCCGUCCUCUUACUCUGGAUGAGAACACAGUCUCCCAAUAUUUUUCCAUUUCAGAAGAAAACAGACGGGUGACAAGUGAAUAUUAUAUGCAACAUGGUUAUGGUAGUGCAUAUUAUAAUCAUCACUAUUAUAAUCAAUACCCAGUUAUCAUGCAGGUGUUGUGCAAAGAAGGUUUGUCAGAGCGAUGUUACUGGGAGGUCAGUUGGAGUGGUCUUUCUUGGUGUGUGGCAGUGUCAUACAAAGACAGCAGCAGAACAAAUGACUCAGAGUUUGGAAAUGAUAACAAGUCGUGGAGUUUAGCGUGCUCCCCAUAUGGUUGUACUUUCCGAUACAACAAAAAAAGCACUACAGUGUCAGGCUCUCAAUCCAACAGGAUUGGGGUGUACCUGGAUUUUAAGGCAGGUACUCUGUCAUUUUAUGACAUCUCUGACAUCUCUGACAUCUCUGGCGCGAUGACUUUACUCCACAAAGAACACACCACGUUCACUCAGCCUCUCUAUCCCGGCCUUGAGCUGAAAGAUGACGGAUCUCAGUCAAGUGAUGAAUAUUUUGCAGAAGUGGUCAAGUUAUGGUAAAAAAAAAAAAAAUAUAUAAUAUAUAUAUAUAUAUAUAUAUAUAUAUAUAUAUAUAUAUAAUAUAUAUAUAUGUAUAUAUAAAGUGUGUCAGUACUGAUCAGGCUGUAAUUUACUCUUCAAUAACUGGAUACAAUAUGAGAAAAUGUGAUUUUACUCUGCAUUGCCCCAAUUUUAAGGUCCUGCAGCAGAUAAAAACCAAAAAACAAAGCAUCAAAAAUAAAAAGACUGGAGUAAGAGGUUGAUGUUUUUCGAUAUAAAAAACAUGAAGUAUGUAAAAACCAACUAGGGAGCAAUGGGCAACUGAUUUUGUAGAUUAGUGAGACAUUUGAAUUUUUAGUUGGAAACCAGGAAUGACAAACAAGUUGUACUUACUUCAUAAUGAUUUCUGUCAAUUGUAAGUAUCAGUGUAAUUAGUGUUCUACCAACACAGGGUACAUAAUUAGUAUACAUUUGAGAAAUGGUUGAUGACGUGUUAUUUAAUCUUUUUUAUAUGUGCUAAAGAAAAUCGAAAUGCAAUUGUAUAUGAGCAGAGAUUAAAAACGUUCACCAUAAAAAGGAUGUAAUUAGACUGCCUUAAAAUGACUUUUUGACUGAUGAAAGUGAUUAAUAUCCUGAAUUAUCAAUAACAAUGUAUUUUACACUUUUCUUGACAGAGACGCUGAAUACUCUAUUGAAGUGUUUUUGUAUUUUGUGAUUCAAAUAUCAAACGAUUGCAUGUUGUUUUUUCAAGUCUCUGAUUUGUUGUGCCAAUUACAACAAAUUCGCUGGCCAUGAAUGGCAAAAUGUUAUUAACCUCCUAAUAAUUCCUUAGGUUAAUCAAAUUCUGGAAAAGGUGAAGGACAUUUAUUAUGAUAUAACAUACUAUUUUUGGAAAGAUUUUACUCUUCUUCAUUUGACACUUUUCAUGACUUUUGAAUGCAUGCUAAGAACUGCUUCACUUUUAACUUUUCCAUAAUGUUUAAUUUUGUUAUCAAGUU